UUCUCUUUCUUAUCAGAAAAAUUCAUUUGAUGCGAAGAAAUUUGAAUUGCAUUAUUCAACCAAUCAUAAGAUUUUAGCAAUUAUUCAUAUGAUGACUUGAAGAAACUAAAUAUGUAAAUAAAAUAUAAUAAGAUUUUUCUUGAUAUGAAGAUUUUGUCUUGUCACUCGACCAAUAAAAAGAUUGUAAGAAAUGGACAUCAGAGGAAGAAAAUAUAAUCUAGUGUUUUUUUUGGGAUCAAAAUCUAGUGAUUAUUCUUCCUUGGAUAUGAAGGAAAAAAAAUCAAAAUGGUGUCAUGUCAUCAGACCAAUAAGAGUCCGUUAUUUUAGUUAUAAAGUUUCUAUAUACACAUUUGGUGGUCACAUUUAAUGAACGUAAAGAUAAAAGUCUCUCUCUCUCUCUCUCUGAGAUCAUUCAGGGUUAGCGUGACUGCACCUGCUUAAUCAUCUUACUUGUUGCAUUUAUGUUUUUUUUGUUUGUUCAUGAUUCCUCCUCUUUUAUCUGCUUUCUGUAGGGCGUGAUUUUGUGAUUCAAUUAUGCUGACCAAGUUCGAGACCAGUAGCAACCAAGUUAGAGGUUUGAGCUUUCACCCUAAGCGACCAUGGAUUCUCUCCAGUUUGCACACUGGCGUCAUCCAGCUCUGGGAUUAUCGUAUGGCUACUUUGAUCGAUACGUUUGAGGAACACGACGGACCUGUUCGUGGUGUUCAUUUUCACAUUUCUCAGCCUCUCUUCGUCUCCGGAGGUGAUGAUUACAAGAUUAAAGUUUGGAACUACAAAACACACAAGUGUCUCUUCACUCUUCUUGGCCACCUCGAUUACAUCCGCACGGUUCAGUUCCAUCACGAGUGCCCUUGGAUUGUCAGCGCCAGCGACGACCAGACCAUCCGCAUAUGGAACUGGCAAUCACGGACUUGUGUCUCUGUCUUGGCUGGCCACAACCAUUAUGUUAUGUGUGCUUCUUUCCAUCCAAAGGAAGACCUCCUCGUAUCGGCUUCCUUAGAUCAGACUGUCCGUGUUUGGGAUAUUGCUCCUCUCCGGAAUAAGAAGAAGACUCCUCUUGCUGAUGACGACGACAUCAUGGGGUUGACUCAGAUGAACAGUGAUCUUUUUGAUGCCACAGUCAAGUACGUCCUUGAAGGUCACGACAGAGGUGUAAACUGGGCUGCUUUUCAUCCCACUCUGCCUCUUAUUGUCUCCGGUGCAGAUGACCGCAAAGUAAAACUGUGGCGUACCAACGAAACUAAAGCAUGGGAAGUGGAUACACUGCGAGGGCAUUCGAGUAACGUUUCGUCAGUUAUGUUCCACGCGAAACAUGACGUAAUUGUAUCCAACUCCGAGGAUAAGACCAUCCGUGUCUGGGACGCUACCAAGCGAACUGAAAUCAAGACUUUCCGUCGCGAAAACGAUAGAUUCUGGAUACUCGCAGCUCAUCCCGAGACUAAUCUACUAGCAGCCGGACACGACAGCGGUUUGAUCGUCUUCAAACUUGAAAGAGAGCGUCCUGCGUUUGCUUUGAGUGGUGAUUCUUUGCUCUACGCCAAGGAUGGUUUCUUGCGUCGCUACGAAUAUUCAACUCAGAAAGACUCGCAAGUUAUCCCUAUACAGCGUCCAAGGACUGUAUCACACAGUCCUACGGAAAAUGCAGCUUUGAUCAGCUCAGAUCUUGAUGGUGGUUCUUACGAGCUGUACAUCAUAAGGAGUGGUACUGUGCAGCGGGAUGCAAAGAGGGUGAGUGGUGGUGGUUCUGCGGUAUUCAUCGCUCGUAAGCGGUUUGCUGUUCUCGAUAAAAGCACCGGCCAGGAGGAGGUGCUAGUAGUGAAGAAUCUAAAGAACGAGGUGGUUAAAAAGAUUCCUCUCCCUAUUCCAACAUAUGCUAUCUUUUACGCUGGGACCGGAACUCUGCUAUGCAGAUGUGAGGAUAAAGUGGUUAUGUUCGACCUUACGCAAAGACUUGUCCUCGGUGAAGUUCACACACCGUCCGUUAGGCAUGUUGUUUGGUCUAAUGAUAUGGAGAGUGUUGCUUUGCUCAGCAAACAUACUAUCAUUCUCGCCAGCAAAAAGGAACUUGUCAUCCAGUGCACGCUCCACGAGACGACGACACGUGUGAAGAGUGGAGCUUGGGAUGACGACAACGGUGUCUUCAUUUACACCACUUUGAACCAUGUCAAGUACUGUCUUCCUAAUGGAGACAGUGGAAUCAUCCGAACCCUGGUUGUCCCUAUCUAUAUCACCAAGGUUUCGAGUGAUAAAAUCUUUUUCUUGGAUCGGGAUGGGAGAAACAAGGAGAUCACAGUUAAUGCUACUGAGUACAUGUUCAAGCUUGCGCUGAUGAGGAAGAGAUUUGAUCAUGUAGCGAGGAUGAUAGAAGGCUCCCGGAUAAGUGGGCAGGCUAUGGUUGCUUACAUGCAGCAGAAAGGGUUCCCUGAAGUUGCAUUACAUUUUGUUGAAGAAGAAGGCCACGAGAGGGUCCGGUUCAACCUGGCUAUUGAAAGUGGAAACAUGAGUGUAGCUGUUGCCUCCGCUACAAAGAUUAACGAGAAAGAUUACUGGUUUAGACUUGGAGUGGAGGCUCUUCGCCAAGGAGGCAACUCUAGUAUCGUCGAGUUUGCGUACCAGCAGACGAGGAGCAUCGAGAGGUUGUCUUUUCUUUAUCUUAUCACUGGUAAUCUUGAAAAGCUUUCAAAGCUGAUGAAGAAGAAGGACGUAAUGGGUCAGUUUCAGAAUGCUCUCUACUUGGGAGAUGUUAAAGAGCGUGUCAAGAUACUGGAGAAGGGUGGUCUUUUGCCUCUAGCGUAUAUCACUGCUUCGGUUCAUGGCUUAAAGGAUAUCGCUGAGCGGCUUUCGAUUGCGCUAGGGGACGAUGUGCCAUCAUUGCCUCAAGGGAAGACUCACUCGCUUCUUAUGCCACCGAUUCCCGUCGUGUGUGGUGGUGAUUGGCCUCUUCUGAGAGUUAUGAAAGGAAUAUUCGAAGGAGGACUUGAGAGUGGAAAUGAUGACGUUGAAGAAGGCGAUUGGGGUGAUGCACUUGACAUGGUUGAUGUUGAAGAAGACGGAGAGGGUUCUGGAUGGGGAGGACUUGAGCUUCUUGACACUCCCUUUAUGACACCUAGUCAAGGGAUGGACGUAAGUCAGAUAUGGAGCCAGGAAUCUCCCCUUGCUGCUGAGCAAGCUGCAGCGGGAAGCUUCGACACUGCAAUGAGUCUUCUCCACAGACAGCUUGGCAUAAAGAACUUUGCGCCUUUGAAAUCGAUGCUUCUCGAUCUGUUCAGUGGCAGCCAUAGCUAUCUUCCUGCUUUCUCUUCAUCUCCUGUGCUUACUUCACUCACUGCAAACCUCCAGCCACCUCACUUAAGACUCGCCCUGUUGAGUGCAAUGGGAGUCUGCUACAAGGCGAGGAACCUCGCCACUGCCUAUAACUUCGCCAAAAGAUUGUUGGAAACCAACCCAACGGAAAGCCAAGCCAAGACGGCUAGACAAAUUGUUCAAGCCGCUGAACGCAACAUGACUGAUGCAACCGAGCUCAACUACGACUUCAGGAACCCGUUUGUGAUAUGCGGGUCGACUUAUGUCCCCAUCUAUAGAGGACAGGAAAACGUGUCGUGUCCUUACUGCACUGCUCGGUUUGUACCGAGCCAGGAAGGAAAAAUCUGUGGGAUCUGUGAUCUUGCAGUCAUUGGCGCGGACGCAUCUGGUUUGCUAUGCUCUCCUUCUCAAGUCCGGUGAUAGAUUCAGAUUUGAUAACUUUGAUAGUCUUCUGUGACAGUGGUAUGAGGUUAUAUAAUGAGUUGUUUCUUUGUUUAUGAUAUAACAAGUAUUUUCCAGUUAUGAUUUAAAGACAUGGCUUCACUCUUUUCUCGUUUCAUUAUGAUAUUCUUUAGAAGUUAGAAGAUGCCUUCUUGUACCUGAAGUUUGGUCAGCAUGUUAUUGGUUUUAUUCUGUGUGA